AUGGAAUCGGUAGAGGCCGUGGAGCUCUUCUCGGAGUGCAGCGCACGCUAUCGCUACCGCGUGCCGGUGAGCGUGAUUCGCGAGCUGCAGUACGAGGGGUCGCGCUACAGCGCUGAGUUCAACGUUGGCGGCUGGUUCUGGCGCUUCCACAUUCAAGAGCGAUCCGCCGAGGGCCAGCGCUUCCUGGCGCUGCAUCUUCAGAGCUGCACGCCGGGUGCUGUCUCUGUCCACUUUAAGCUCACGGCUGUCUGCAUGCGUGACCCGCUGCAGUCGCGCAGCAAGACGUUCAACUGCACCUUUAAGAAGGCUGGAAGUGCGUGGGGACUUCAUCAGUUUAUCGCGAUCGAGCAGCUGCUGCACCCGGAGAGAGGGUUCGUGUACACGGUGCAGGAGACGGGCACCCGCUGCGUCGAUUUUGAGGCGGUGCUGCAGGUGGACAACGGCAGCGGCAACGGGCGUGCUCCGCCUGUGCGCAGCGCAACCCGCUCCGUCACCCCGACCCGCAGCAUCGUUGGCGCCGGCGUUGCAGGAACGAAUGGCGGACAGAUAUCGCCAAGCCGAGGCCCUAGCGUUCGGCCGGUCGGCGUACGUGGCGGCGGCACUCCAGUGGGACGGAGCGGUAGGACGUCGUACUCGCCUGGCCGGGUCGGCACCAGCGCACUCGUCCCGAUGGAGGGCAGUGUGGACCGGCCCGGCGCGAGUGCCGGGGCCGCGCUGCGUCGCGGCUUCUACAGUGACCCGAACGGUGGUCAGUUGAUUACCUUAGACAACGCCUCGAUCAUCGGCGGCGAUGGUGGUGGCCGACCGCCUGGGAGCGCCGUCGUGCGCGCACCGCUCACGUACCCCUUUGCACACUUGGAGAUCCUGUGCGACAUGAGCUUCGACGUCCAGGGCGUCCGCGUUAAGGCCCACCGCUGCGUGAUUGGCGCGCGUAUGCAGCCGCUGCUUCCCGAGCAGAUGCUGCCGUUGCAGGUCGGCUGCAUCGUCGCCAUCGCCGUCCCCCUCGACGUCUUCACAACCUUCCUGCGGUACGUGUACACGGAAGAGUAUCCUGAGUCGGGCGUUUUACCGCCGGAGUCGCUGCUUGACUUGUACCUGCUCGCGGCAGCGUGCGAGUUCUACGACCUUAGCGCGGUCUGCAUUCGCUACGUUCGCCCACUCCUCACGCCGGAGAACAUUCUACCAAUUGUGCUGACACGCUACAACGCUGCGGACGAGGUGCUCACCUCUCUCUACCUGCACGUGCUGCUGGACAACUAUGAUAUCCUCAUCCAGGACCGCCAGUUCGAGGAGAUUCCCGGCCACCUCUUCCGUCGUCUUUCGCUAAUUCUUUACAGCAAGGAGACGGUGCCGAAUGCGCCGAUCCCACCCAUGAAAAACACGCUGGGGAAGCAGAUUGCGUGGCUGGCGGAGUCGGGGGAGUACAGCGACUACGAGUGGGUAGUGGGGCCGCAGCAGUACGCGGUGCACGCCCACCGCUACAUUCUCGCCUGCCGCUGUGUGUUGUUUUCGCAAGCAAUGAACCCACGUAGCCCGGGGCCGCUUCCGUCGUUCACUACCAACGAGUUCGACUUUUCCCUGCGUAGCUGGCAGAAGCUGUUGAUGGGGAUGUACCGUCGCCACCUUGACACUGCGCGCGACUUCUCGGCCGAGGACAUUGCCAUCAUCUUCAAGAUGCAACAGGUGCUCAUCAUGGACGGCCAGCUGAAGCGCGAAGCGGAUGAGGCGUUUAGCAACACAAACGCCCUGCGCCUCCUCAUCUAUGCCGUGAAGCAUCAAAUACCGGAGUUACACGAGCGUGCUAUCAGCUACGUGGCGCGCAACUUCAGCGUAAUGAUCCGUAACGACUCACAGGCGUGGGAGCUGAUUAGCGAACUGCCGCAGACGGCUGUGGUGUCUCUGUUCCGCACGGUGACGGAGCAACCGCCGUUGUAG